AUGAUGAGCAAAGAUAAGGGAUCCGCCGCCGCAUCCAAGAUGGGUGUCAAAGGUCAAGAUAGUGAUCGUCUCGCGCACAAGGCGCGCGCCCGCAACGACACUGCCUCGCAGCCCAAGGAUCGUGAGGCACAAAUUGACAGCGCCGAUAACAAGCCUGAUAUCUCUACCCCCUCGAACACGUCCCGUAAGCUGGUUGAUAAGUCAUUGGCCCCGCUCCCUCUUGCUAUCGAUCUUGCGUGUAACUUCGAUACCUUGGCGCCCGCAGAUUCGGAGCGCACCAAGGUAGCAUUCUUCGAGACUCUCCUAGGCUUCAAAUAUGAUGAGCUCCGCAACGACUAUGCUGUAGUCGUUUACCAGGUUGGUGAUCCACUCCUUGCAACAGUCACGAUCGAUGUUCGCAACAUCAACACUUCAGGUAUUCUCAAGUUUGGUCAGCGCCUUGAGCGUCCAGAGAAGGAGUCGACCGCCAUCGUUACAAAGCAAGAUGCGGCCUCAGAAGAUACCUCAGGCAGAAAGACGGUGAGCAAAGCUUCCACCAAGACGACCACCAUUACGAGCAGGGACAAGAAUACCGAUGGAUUUCCUCAAGCAAAGAGACUUCCUGACAAGGACAUCGACAAAAAGCGGGAGCAAUACAAGGAAGACGGUUGGCCAUGGCAGCAUGCAGCUCCCCAGAUCUUCGACCUGGGAAAGCUUCCCAUCGCUAACCGGCGCAAAAAGUUGUAG